AUGGUAAAAACCAAAGCCUUAGCACGGAGCUUUUGCUACUGGAAAGGUUUGGACAAAGAUGUAGAAGAUAAUAUUUCAAAAUGUAGACAGUGCAGGGAAAAACAAAAUUUACCGAAGAAAGAAAUUAACCAUCCCUGGGAGCCAGCAAGUGAACCAUGGGAGCGGGUCCACAUAGAUUUUGCUGGGCCAACCAACGGAAACUACUUUCUGUUGGUAGUAGACGCAUUCAGCAAGUGGGUUGAAGUCAUACCUACGAAGAGUAUUACAUCUUCAUGGACAAUCAGAGAGCUGCGUAAAAUAUUCACCACCUUUGGACUACCAAGUGUUAUAGUCUCUGAUAAUGGUCGUCAGUUCACCUCUUCUGAAUUUAGUAACUUUUUGAAGAAAUGUGGAACUUUGCACAAGAAGACAGCUCCUUACCAUCCUUCUUCGAACGGCCAAGUCGAACGCUUCGUACAAACGAUAAAGAAAUUAAUCAACUGUAUGUCAGAUGAAUCUGGUACACUUGAAGAAAAGCUUCACCAACUUCUGAUGAAAAUACGUCAAGCUCCGAAUUCAACUGGCAACAGCUCAUACUUCUUGAUGUUCAAUAGAAAGAUCCGCACAUACUUAAGUUUACUCUUACCUAAGACAAAGGAAGAAACUAAACAACCCAAAGGAAUAGCACACGUAGUUACGUUAGUUGGGUCUUCCGGUAUCCUACACCUUCCUGGUGGACGUUCGGGACUGAAGAACCCAGGACCGAGGGAUCUUCUGCACGAAACUGACAUUUGGGCGAAACUGUUCACCGAUAUGGAAUAA